GCUGGGAUGGGUCAGUCAGGCCUUUGUUCAGAGCUUCAGUUUGUAGCAAAGUCCCUCCAGAGGUAGGAAGCAGGAUGGAGGAGAUGCAGCAGCUUUUCAUAGUCUCUUCAGGUGUAAAGACACCUCUUUGUUCUUACUGGGGGAAAUUACUGCAAAAUGGCGUCUGGAGUCACAUGGGAAGUCACAUGUCGACGCAUGACUCAGUUCUUUACAGGCGACAGCCAUUGCUCACAUGCUACCUUGAAUGUUCCCAGGAGGACUUCUCAUGAGGACUGGAGUCUCCCAAGCUCCAUUGUCCGUUAGGGGUUUCUUGCUUGGGCACUUACUGAGAAUUGCCCCUUCUCAAGAAGCUGACCAAAUGCUUCACUGAGGCUACUUAGAAUCAAAACACAUUGAGACACCAGGACAGAGCCAAUAUUCAUCACUUCAGCUACAAAAUGAUACGCCCUACAGACAGCAUCAUCGUAACCAGCAAAUCAGAACCUUUCCAUAGACCCCUUACACAACAACCUUUGUAUAAUGUUUGCUGCAAACAUAUAACAGUGGUUGCAACAAUGAUCUAUAUGGUCCCAGGUUAUGUUAGUAACGUCACACCAGUCCCUCAGCUUUGGAGACAUUCAGCUGGAAGAACACAAAAGCAAGGGCUCUGCCCUGAACAGCUAGACCGGCCGUGUGUCGCAAACUGUGUUAAAAAAAUGCAAGCUUUUGCUUGCAUUUACCCAGGGGUUUUCCUGAGCUUGCUGGCUGGUCGGAGACUCUGUAAGGAAGUGUGCAUCUGAAUUAGUCUGUGGAGAGCCAGCCUAGAGCAAGGUGGGGUGAACUGGGCCUCCUGCUCUUUGGGAGCAGCCUGCUUUGUCUCUCUCUGGUUUUGGUUCUUGUGUGUGAUCAUCCUGGAUUCUGAGUAAUGAAGUCGUGUUACUCUGCAGCCUUCCAGCAAGAGGAUUCAGUGGUUUUAUCUAACAUCUCUGCCUGCGUGGCAUGAAGCAUAACCUUGACAGAGUUCAUUUCUGAUGGACUGGCCCGUCCUGUUGAUAGCUAAUUAUUACAAUUCCCAGAGGAGAGGGCAUGGCAGGGUUGGAAUCUGCUCUGUGUGUUGUUCCCAAGCCCCAGUGAAAUCAAUCUUUUCCCUUCUGUUUUCACUUUCCAUGAGAAAACUCUGCAGUGCCGCGGUAGCCGUGUCAGUCGCAGGACGUUAGAGAGACGAGGUGGGGGAGGGAAUCGCUUUCACUGGCCCAGCUGCUGGCGGGAGAGAGAGGAGCUUUCCAGCUUCACCGAGCUCCCCUGGGGGGCUGGGACAUGUACUAAGGGCUCCUCUAACCUACAACCAUGCGGCCAUGUACGUUAGGUCGACUUACAGACCCGCUCAGCUCUGUGCAGCUCCCCCCGGCUCUCGGCUCCCCGCUCCCUCCCAGUGGGGAACAGGGACCCCAGAGCCCAGCCAUCAGCCUGGCUGGCAGGGGGGAGCCAGGACCCCAGGGAGGGGGCACUGGCUGUAGCUGGAGCUGCCCACUCGCUCUGGGGUGACAGUGUUUUCUGGCUCUGAGCAGGGAAGCAGGGAGCCAUGAAAUGGACGGGAGUGAGAGCCCACAGCCGAGGUAACCUGCCUUGUCCACACCGGGGUCACUGCACCGACAUAAGCCCUGCGCUGCUUGCGGGGGCGGCGUUAGCAGUUCAGGGGAGUGGGACACUUACAUUGACUGGAGCAAGGCCGGUGUGUGGACACAGCCAGAACUGGGCGGAGGGAAGCUGCCUUCCCCCGAACUCUCCCGCCGCCCAGGCCCGUGUCCCAGCCCCGAAGAGAAUCUCGGCGUAAGCGUGAAAGCGUCUCUCCCCCGCAGGAGUGGGUCCUACACAAGCUACUCCCCCUCUCUCCCCCGGCCCGCUCAGAAAUCAAUUUCACUUUCAAUCUCCAACAGCCGCCAAGGUGCAGAGAGCCGAGAGGAAGCGAGCGGCUGGGACGUUUCUCUCCGUUAGCUCUUAGGCGAGCCGGGCGGGGAAUCGCUGGCUCUGUGGCCGGUCCAGUCGCGCUCCAGUGUUUGAUCAGCGGCUGCUGAAGGCCGAGGGUUGGCCUGAGCGAGCUGCGGGAUCCCAGCCGGGCCGGUGGGCGAUGGAGCAGCCCGUGUGCCUCGUCGCCAACCCUGCCGAUGGGGAGCUGGAGGUGAUGGAGGAGGCGCUGGAGGCCCUGCGCGGCGUGGAUCAGCCCGUGGUGGUGGUGGCCGUGGCUGGGCUGUAUCGCACCGGCAAGUCCUACCUCCUGAACCAGCUGGCCGGCAGGAGAACGGGGUUCUCGCUGGGCUCCACGGUGCAGUCGCACACCAAGGGCAUCUGGAUGUGGUGCCUGCCCCACCCGCGCCGGGCCGGCCACACCCUGGUGCUGCUGGACAGCGAGGGGCUGGGCGACGUGGAGAAGGGCGACACCAAGAACGACGCGUGGAUCUUCGCGCUGGCCGUGCUGCUCAGCAGCACCCUGGUCUACAACAGCAAAGGGACCAUCGACCAGUACGCCAUGGAGCAGCUGCACUUUGUGUCCGAGAUCAGCACCCACAUCCGGACGAAAGCCCAGGCCCAGGAUGGCUUUGAGGACGACAGUCAGUACUCCCGCUUCUUCCCCAAAUUCAUCUGGGCUGUUCGGGAUUUCACGCUGGAGCUGAAACUCAACGGGCGGGAGGUGACGGAGGACGACUAUCUGGAGAACGCGCUAGUGAGGAGGAAGGGUUUCACGAAGGAAGUGACCCAGUACAACCUGCCCCGCGACUGCCUUCGCAACUACUUCCCCAUUCGCAAGUGCUUUGUCUUCGUGCCGCCCGUGGCGGGGGAGGAAAUGAGCCAGCUCUGCACGCUGCCGGACAGCGCCCUGCACCCGCAGUUCCUCGCGCAAGCCACCAGGUUCUGCGAGUACGUCCUCCGGGAGUCGCAGGUCAAGACCGUCCCCGGAGGGCAGCCCGUCACCGGCCGACUGUUUGGCGCCUUAGUGCAGAGCUACGUGGACACCAUUCGCAGCGGGCAGGUGCCCUGCCUGGACAACGCGGUGACCGCCAUGGCUGCCAUCGAGAACGAGGCGGCCCUCAGGGAGGCGCUGGCUCACUACGCGGCCGGGAUGGAGGGGCUGCGGCUGCCGGUGGAGCUGGGCAAGCUCUCGGCGGCGCACGGGACGUGCGAGGGGGACGCCCUGCGGCUUUUCAUGCAGCGCUCCUUCAAGGAUGAGGGUUACACGUACCAGAAGCGGCUGAUGGAGGUGAUGAAGGAAAGUUAUGGGCGGUUGUUGGGCCAGAACGAAGCUGCGUCCAGGGACUCCUGCCGCGCCCUGCUGAAGACGCUCUCAGCCGACAUGCAGAAGCAGCUCAGCGAUGGGGUUUACUCCCAGCCCGGUGGGUACGAGCUCUACCUGAGAGACCGGAGCCGGGUGGUGGAAGAUUUCCGCAAGACCCCCAACAAAGGAGUCAAGGCGGAGGAGGUACUGGAACAGUUCCUGGCCAGCAAGAGGAGUGAAGCGGAAACAGUCCUCAGCGUCGACAAAAAGAUGACUGAAGCAGAAAAGAACCUGGCCACCCAGAGGCAGAAGGUGGAGCUGCUGGAGCAGCAGCGGAAGGCGGCGGAGGAGAAGCGGCUGCAGACAGAGCAGCUGAUGAAGGACCAGGAGCGCAGCCACCAGGAGAACGUGAAGCAGCUGGAGGCCAAGAUGGCGGAGGAGCUGGCCAGUGCCCGGCAGGAGGCAGAGCGGGCGCUGCAGAGCAAGCUGAAGGAGCAGGAGGCCAUGCUGCAGCAGGGCUUUAAGGAAAUGGCCCAGAUGCUGGGGGAGGAGAUCACCGAGCUGAGGAAGGAAAUAACCCAUUCCAAAGAGCAGGAGCUUCUCAACACCGCGAAAGUUUUAGCUAGGGCUCUCAAGCUUGCUUAUGACGUGUGGCUCCAUGGCGACGAAGAUGCCCACCCCGCCCUGUGAUGGAGUAGGGGCUGUCUGUGUGGGGAUGGGAGGGCCGGGGGUGACUUUAGGGGAGGGACAGGAUCUAAGC